GUUUACAGAAGAAGCUUCCGGAAAAAUGCCGCUGUCAUUUCAGCAAGGUUUACUGCAGGGAGCUGCAGAACCAAUGCAGGUAGAUGGACAGGUGGAAGAAAAUGAUAAUGUAGAGGAAGAUCAGUUUGUUGUUGAAAAUUCUUCUAUAGAUUUAGAGCAGUAUGCCAGUCAGUAUUCAGGAUUAGCCAAGCUUAAUAGAUUACUAUUUAUAUCUGAUCACUGUCCACCAUUAAAGGUUGAAGCACUUAGAAUGGCUUUGUCUUAUGUCCUCACAACAUACAAUACAAAUCUUUAUCAGCAAGUCCAUAGAAAGCUCCAAGAGGCAGUAUCUUCAUCAUCCAGUUUACCAGAUGCAGUGGCAGGUAUUGUACACAAUGUUCCUGGUUUAGAUACACAGUGGAUAGAAAUAACGUCAAAGAAAGCUGCUCUCAAAUUAGAAAAACUUGAUACAGAUCUAAAAAACUACAAAAGUAAUUCCAUCAAAGAAAGCAUAAGACGAGGCCACGAUGACUUGGGAGAUCAUUAUUUAGAUUGUGGAGAUUUAAGUAAUGCAUUAAAAUGUUACUCCAGAGCUAGAGAUUAUUGUACCAGUCCUAAACAUGUGGUUAAUAUGUGUUUAAAUGUAAUAAAGGUUAGUGUAUAUUUACAGAACUGGUCCCAUGUACAGAGUUAUGUGAACAAAGCAGAGAGCACCCCAGAAAUGACAGAGCAUUCACAUGCAAAAGAUGGUGGACAAUCAGUGUUAACAAAAUUAAAGUGUGCUGCAGGACUUGCAGAUCUGGCUACAAAGAAAUACAAAUCAGCCGCCAAAUAUUUCCUUCAAGCGAACUUUGAUUAUUGUGAUUUCCCUGAGUUAUUAUCACCUAGUAGUGUAGCCACUUAUGGUGCAUUGUGUGCGUUAGCAUCUUUUGAUAGGUCAGAAUUACAGAAAAAUGUUAUAUCUAGUGGUUCAUUUAAAUUGUUCUUAGAAUUAGAGCCACAGCUUAGAGAUAUUAUACACAAAUUUUAUGAAUCUAGUUAUGCACAGUGUUUACGACUUUUAACUGAAAUAAAGGAUACGUUACUACUAGAUAUGUACCUAGCAUCCCAUGUGAAUACACUGUACACACAGAUACGAAACAGAGCUUUAUGUCAGUAUUUUAGUCCAUAUUUAUCAGCUGACAUGAGGAAGAUGGCAGAGGCAUUCAAUACAACUAUUACUGAUUUAGAAGAUGAAUUGAUGCAAUUAAUAUUAGAUGGUCAGAUAAAUGCUAGGAUAGAUUCACAUAAUAAAAUUCUAUAUGCCAAAGAUACUGAUCAGCGAAGUAGUACAUUCGAAAAGUCUUUAGCUAUGGGUAAAGAAUAUCAACGAAGAACAAAGGCUUUGAUUUUACGAUCAGCUAUACUGAAAAACCAGGUUCAUGUUAAAAUUUUUUUAAUUCAGAGUCCGCCCAGAGAUGGAGGCCAAGGUGGAGAGAUGUCAAUAGCACCAGGUUCAGCAUCCUCUGCAAGAAAUUGAGAAAUGUGUCAAAUAAAUGUUUCUGUGAUAAACAUUGGACUCAGGACCAUGUGAUUGCUACAGUGCUACCACCGUAAAGGGGGAUAAUUAAGUGCUAGCUUUAGCUUCCGAGAGAUUCCGUGAUGAGUGAUCAUUAAAACAUGUUACUGAUUUCACAUGUUGUCAUUGUAUGGUUAAUGAAUCAUGUUCUGUACUCAGAAAAUCCUAAUAAAUUCUUAAUUUUAUGUAGUGCCAUUUAUUUUAGCAUCAAUUUAAGGUAUCUUCAUAAAAUUGUCAGAUUUGUACCCCAUUUUAUAUUAGAUAAGCACAAGAAAUAAUAGUCUGUAUUUCUUUUACUGUCCAUACCCAGAAACCUUUUUAAUACUUAAAGUCAAAUUUGCUUAAAAUCUAUUUCAGACUAAAAUUUGUAUUGUCUAUUAAACCUAAUCUGUCACAAAUUUUUUGUUGAAACUGAAAGGACAGUUUUGUAUGAAGAAUAGACCAUUACAAACUCGCAGAAGGAUGAUUGAUUUUUUAGCCUUAUCAAUUGUUAUCACAUUUUCCUUUUUUUUCAGCAUAGACACAGUUCAUAAAAAAUCAGUAAAAUGUAAUGAAUUCCACAUUAAUCAGUUUUGUUUUAUAAAUCUGAAUGAGAAUGUAGGAAAGUUUAUGUAAUGGAUAUUUGCAACUGAACCAGUAAAAGGUUUUUAGAUAUUCACAGUAAUUGAGACAUUUAAUAAAUCUAAUUAGUUAUUGUAAUGCAACACUCCUUCUGCUUUUGCAAGUUUAUUUUCUGUUCUAGUGAUUUUCUAUUUAUGUAUAACAUCCUAUGAAAAAGGUAUAGUUUAGGAAAAACAAACCUGGAUUUUUCAAAGACAUGUGUCAUGUUAGCCAUAUACUUUACCAGAAAAUAAAAUGGCCAAGUAAAAACAGAUAAGAGAAAUACCUUUAUGAAAUUCAAAAUUUCAACAUAACGAUUAAGAUUUAUCUGAUAUUCCAGUUUUGGACAAACAUGACUACUGUAAAAGCAGAAAUUUUUGUGGAGGAUAUAAUUUCGUUUAUUUCGUGGAAAGAAUAUAUCCACGAAAUUAAAACCCCCUCGAAAAUUUAACCUAAAUAUAAGAUCACUUCCAAAUACUGGAAACCACGAAAUUAAAUCCCCAUGAAAUCUUAUAUAGAGACAAAACCACGAAAUUUUGACCCCACAAAAAAUUAAUGUUUCUACAGUAUUUAGAUUUAUCUGAUAUUCUAGUUUUGGACAAACAUGACUAUUUAGAUUUAUCUGAUAUUCUAGUUUUGGACAAACAUGACUAUUUAGAUUUAUCUGAUAUUCUAGUUUUGGAAAAACAUGACUAUUUAGAUUUAUCUGAUAUUCCAGUUUUGGACAAACAUGACUAUUUAGAUUUAUCUGAUAUUCUAGUUUUGGACAAACAUGACUAUUAAGAUUUAUCUAAUAUUCCAGUUUUGGACAAACAUGACUUUAGAUUUAUCUGAUAUUCUAGUUUUGGAAAAACAUGACUUUAGAUUUAUCUGAUAUUCCAGUUUUGGACAUUGCUUCAGGCAGAAGGAUUGUUGUAUUGUAGAAUGCCAAAUUUGGAAACUUUCAAGUUUCAAUUAUUUUAGUUAUGAAUUUUAUCUCUUAUGUAUGUCAAUCUUAUACAAGACUGAAUUUAAGAGGUUUAAGUUAAAUAAAGAUAUAAUUUGUGUAA